GGAGAGUGAUGGAGUGAGAUCAACCUACCAGCUGUAGAGAGUGCGAGCAGGGUUGUUUGAAUGAGCCACAGUGGCGAGGGAGAGUGUGUGUGUGUGUGCGAGGGAGAGAUAGAUAGAGCUAUUGAGGGGGUAGGGUAGGUGAAAGAGUGUGUGUCUGAGAGAGAGAGAGAGGUUGUCAGACCCCCAUCGAAGUAGAGGCUGCUGCUCAGUGCAGUUGCUCUGGGUCCCAUUGAUACCCAUUUGUAGAGUGGGAAGAGCUGAAAAUGUAAUUUUGAAAGGAGAAAAAAACAUGUUUUCUUUUUUUUCUCUUUCCUUAUUUUUCCUUCUGGAUCUUUCCUCAUCUCCAAUCUGGUCCUCCUUGCUCUCUUUGUGGUUGUAUGAAGGAGGUCACUGCGGAUACAAAGUAACGGAGCACAGUCCAAACAACACUGUAGAAGCAUGUUUUUGGGGGUGAAAACGAUGUCGCACGGGACAACCAUGUCACGUUGCAACAAUAGCAAUGUCACCCGGCCCUCUCUGCAGUGACCCUGCACAGCAAAGGAUGCUGGGAAAUAACAAACACUAUUAUCCCGGGGAGGACGACAAGGAUGGGGAGGAUGAGGAAGAGGAAGAGGAGCAGGGACAAGAAAACAACAAGGGGGAUGGUAGAGAGAAGGAGAAUGGAGGGAUGGAAGGGCUCGAGGAGAUUGAGAUGAAGGGAGGCAGACAAUCACGCGAAGGGAAAGGGGAGGGAGGUAAACCCUCAGCCAUUGUGGUUGGAAGGCAGAGAGGGGACCGGACACUGAGGCCAGACAAUCCAGGAAAUAGAGGCAUCCCUUAUACGUCCAAUCAGGCCCCUCAUAAGCAGCAGCACCAGCAGCAGUAUCACCCGGCCCCAUCCACUCAGACCCAGAAAAGACGUGCUCACAUGGAGCGCAGUAUGACCACAGUGGCACCCAUAGAGGACACUCGACUGACCAUGAUGGUGUUCCGCAUUGGAAUCCCUGACAUCAAACAGACAAGGUGUCUGCAGUUUGACCCUGACUUCACAGUUUGGAGCGCCAAGCAGGAGGUCAUCUGUUCGUUGAGCGAGCCACUGUGGGACGUCUAUAACUAUGGCCUCUUUCAGCCCGCCGGAGACGGAUGCGAUGCCAUGUUCCUGGAGGAGGAGUGCUGCCUCCGAAACUACCCACAGUCCUUUGAGAAAGGGGUGCCUUACCUGGAGUUUAGGUACAAGACCAGGGUAUACAAACAGACAAACCUGGAUGAAAAACUACUUACAAAAUUGCACACCAAGGUGAGUCUGAAAAAGUUCAUGGACUACAUUGCAAGUGGAUCAAUAGAUAAGAUGUCAAAAGCCCUGGAAAAAGGUCUCGACCCAAACUACCAUGACCCUGACAACGGAGAAUCCCCACUGUCUGUGGCGGUGCAGUCUGGCAUGACAGUGGAGGGGAUCAGGGUGCUCGUUCAGGGUGGGGCCCAUGUGGACUUUAGAACCAGAGAUGGACUGACAGCUGUACACAAGGCUGUCAGGGCACACAAUCACGUUGCACUGCUGGCUCUUCUGUCCCUGGGAGCAUCUCCUAACUACAAGGACCGAUGUAGCCUGACCCCACUGUACCACUCAGUGCUGACAGGUGGCGACACCUCCUGCUGCGAGACCCUACUCUACUACAGGGCCAGACUGGGAGUGAGGGAUGAGAAUGGCUGGGAGGAGUCUCACCAGCUCAGGGAUGAAGAGGAAUUUGGAAUGCAAGAGAUACACAAGGCCUGCCAGAAUGGUUUUGCCCAGCACUUGGAGCACCUUCUGUUCUAUGGGGCAGAUACCACUUCUCAGAAUGCCUCAGGGAACACCGCACUUCAUAUUUGUGCUCUGUAUAAUAAGGAAAGCUGUGUUCGUGUUCUGCUCUACAGAGGGGCCAGUAAGGAAAUUAAGAACAAGCAUGAACAAACCCCCUUUCAGGUAGCAGUAAUGUCGGGCCAUUUUGAACUUGGGGAAAUCCUCAAAAACCACAGAGAUGCAGAUGUAGUGCCCUUUCUGGAAUCCCCAAAGUAUGCUCCCAAAAGAGGAGAGAGUGCACGCACGCUCCCUCUCCUCAUGGCUCACCCCUACCCCCUCCUGCGUGCUAACAGUGAUAACAGCAUGACCCUGCCUGACCCCAUGGCCCUAUCCAACAAGGCUGCUGGAGCCAAUCCCAUCCCUGGAAAGGGUCGCAGGGCCUCUGAGGGUGUGAGGAGCUCCAGCAGUCCCAGGGCCCGUACCCGCUCCCCGUCGCGAGGAGGAGGGCAGAGCGACACGGAGGAGAGGCAUCAAAGCAAACCACAGCGCGGCAGACAGGGUGCGACCUCAGCGGGUAGUGGCGGGUGGUCAGCUGGGGGUCAGAUGAGGCAUAUGUACAGUGCGGUCCCAGGGCGAGUGUACAUGGCCACGAGGGCCUACACUGCCCACAGAGACAAAGAGCUCAGCAUCAGCAAAGGAGACAAAGUCAAAGUGUUGAGUGUUGGAGAGGGGGGGUUCUGGGAGGGCACAGUGAAAGGUCGUACAGGCUGGUUCCCCUCAGAUUGUGUGGAGGAGGUCGGUCCUCCCAGUAAGGACAAUCGAUCAGAGACGCGCAGUGAGAAAGCCAAGAGGAAGCUGUUCCGUAAUGUCACCAUGGGAGCAUAUGAUGGCGUGGAUGGCCCCAGUGACUACAUCAUUAAGGAGAAGACAGUGCUCCUGCAGAAGAAAGACAAUGAGGGCUUUGGCUUUGUGCUUCGGGGAGCCAAAGCCCAGACUCCUAUAGAGGAGUUCACGCCGACCCCAGCAUUCCCUGCGCUGCAGUACCUGGAGUCUGUGGAUGAGGGCGGUGUGGCCUGGAGGGCUGGCCUAAGGAUGGGGGACUUCCUUAUUGAGGUCAAUGGUCACAAUGUCGUGAAGGUGGGCCACAGGCAGGUGGUCAACAUGAUCAGACAAGGUGGCAACACUCUGAUGGUCAAGGUUGUCAUGGUGGCCCGCAACCCGGAGAUGGAGGACACCAACCCCAGGAAGAAAGUCCCCCAGCAGGCUAAGAGGCUGACUCCUCCUGCCAUUGCCCUGCGCUCCAAAUCAAUGACAUUAGAGCUGGAAGACAUGGUGGAGAAAGGUGGGAAAAGGUUGAGUUGUGUAUCAUCAUUGUCAUCAUCAGUGUUAAAGUAUGUACUGGGUUCAUUCGUGUUAUUUUGUGAUAUUACAGCAGUCUCGGUAUACUGUCAUAGCAUAAUAUACGAGUCCUCCCAGGUGCCUGAUAAGAAGAGGACAGUCUAUCAAAUGGCACUAAAUAAACUGGAUGAGAUCCUGGCAGCAGCUCAGCACACGAUUGCGUCAGACGGACAGGGGCAGCGGGGUCACGGGGGGAAGAGAGAACGAACCAAGAGCAUCGCCCCCAAUGAGCCAAGUCAUGACCAGUUGGUUGGUGUAAUGCCGCCUGGCUUCAACCAGGGUCAGUAUCCCCCCGGCCAUCCGCAUGGAGUAAUGUUGCGACAGAAAUCUAUUGGUGUGACGGAGGAGGAGAGGCAGUCCCUUCACACCCCGACUAUGAAACUGGCCCGUAGCCUGUCGGAGGACAUCCCCCCUCCCCCCAGCACAUCCGCCCCAGAACCCCCCUUGUCUGCUGGACCCCACACUGCUCGGAGGGGGGAGCAGUCUGCCCCCCAGCCACUGUCCUCCCAGGCCCAGGCCCACUACCAGGCCCUCUCCACCCAACAACAAGCAGCGAUUGAUGCCCAGGCAGGUUGGGACAGUCAACAGCACGGCAUGACCACCACCCUCCAGAGAGGAGGAGGACAACACACAGGGGAUCCCACGGAGGGGACGAGGAGAGGAGGAGGAAAAAUGGGGGCAUUGAGGAGGGGCUACAGUAGUGCUACUCCACCUACAAGUGCAGCUCCCACAACUCAACAGCAACCCCAGCAGCAACAGCAGCCCCAGCAACAGCAAGUGGCGGCCCGCGAGAGGAUCGGCGGGGCAAGCAGGGGCGGGGGAGUCAGGAAGGGCGGGAGGGGCCCUCUAGUGAAGCAGCCCACAGUGGAAGGUGGGCUCGGCAGGCACCACAGAGGGGGGCAAGGCCAGGGGGGUAAAAGCUCCGGGGCCAAAGAGAAGAGCUCCAUCCCCAUCCCCACCAUCAUCGUCAAGGCUCCAUCCACCAGCAGUGGCAGUGGCCGCAGCAGCCAGGGCAGCAGCAUGGAUGCCGAGCAACCGCCUCCCGACAUAGACGACCCUACCUCCCCCCCUGCCUCUCCCGACACCUCCACCACCCCCGGCCCGCCUUCCACCGUGGCCCCUUCACCACCCCAGCCCCCUGUCUCCUCCCCCAUGACCCCUUCGACUGUCGCCCCCCAGCUGCCCCCUAACCUGGAGAACCUGGACUUCACCACCCAGUUCGGUGGGGCCUUCGUCGGGGCAGCGCGCCGGGACCGGGAACGUUUCCGUGACAUGAGGAGGAAGAGUGCUUCCUUCUUCCUCUCCUCUGAAGAGGAUGUCCAAGGGGAGGCGGGGGGAGGUGGAGGGGUAUGGACCCAGCCCCUACAGGGGAUGGGGAUCGAUGUCCCCACCCCCCGCCUCCGCCCUUCCAAGUCGAUUGACGAGGGCAUGUUCUCUAGGGACAAUUACAUCCACUACGCCAGCAGUAUGCCCCCUGCCUUUGGGCUACCUGAGUACCACUCCCCUGUGAUGGGCCAGGAUGGCCAGCCCAAGUCCGCUCCCUCCAACUACGGCCCAGGCACUCCAGCCACCACCUUCAUCCACCCUCUGACUGGGAAAGUCCUGGACCCCUCGUCCCCCCUGGGCCUGGCGCUGGCUGCACGAGAGAGGGCCCUCAAGGACGACCGGAGGACCCGACGGGAGGAGCGGCACUUUGGCCGGCAGAUGUCCAGCGUGGGGGUGUUCCCUACAUCUCUCCCGUCUCCCACGCCAUCCCUGUUUUCCACAUCCACCACCACCACCUCACACGCCUCACUGAACCGCCCACAGUCACCCAGGAUAUUACGCUUGGGAGGGGGAGGAGAGAGAGUGGAGAGGGACCAGGCGGCUGGAGCCAGAGAGGGCCUCAGAGUUCGGUUUUCAGAGGACAGAACCAAUCAGUACCAGACCCAAUAUUACCAACAGAGUCCAAGAGACAGGGAGCCACCUGGCCCACCCAUGCAGCCGCCCGGCCCGCCGCCUCAGCCUGCACCCCGCAGACCCUCGUUCCUGCAGAUGGAGAGCAGUGCAAACGCUAGCUACAUCCCCCAGUACACCCUCACCGCAGCCCCAGCACACCCACAUGAAGGUGGGGGAGAGGGAGGAGUUGGAGGGGGACUGGGGCUCAUGGUUCUUCCCCCGCCUGCACCCUCGAUAGAUUUGGACGAUGAGUUUGUCUUUGUUGACCCCCUGCCCCCUCCCUUGCAGUUCGCCAAUGGCCAAGGCCAGCGAGAAAUGCAGAGGGGGUACCCUCAACAGCAUCAACACUCAGCUCAACACGUCUCUUCCGCCAUGCCACCCCCACCGCCCCCCCUCCCCUCUCCUAAAGUACCUCCACCAGGAGGCUUCCCCUCCAACGCCCCCCUCCCCUCCCCCCAGGCCGGGGACUCUGCCGCCUCCAGCCUCACAUCCUACGACAGCGAGGUGGCCAACCUCACCCAGUCAGGUCUAUCUCCCUCCCUUCCCUCACCCCAGAUAUUCCCCCCUUCCUCCACCACUACAGCCACCUCCAUUUUACCCGCACCUGCACCCUCACUCCACAGACCCCAGCCCAUGUCGCAUACACACCCCUUCUUCAAUGACCCCACCGUACCAGUUAACCCCGCUAAUAUGGGUGCCCCUGCUCCCCAAAUGACCUCAGCACAGUACCGCGGCCCGGCCACCCUCACCACAACUAUGACCUACGCCACAACAACGACCAUGACCGCCGCCGCCACUGUUACCACAGCCUCUGUGGUGUCGUCAGACUACAACGCGUCUCUGAAAGCCCCCAGAACCGCCAUCAACACUGCAAGCAAGGCAGGAGACCACCACCCCUCCAUGAUGAAGACUGGAGACUGGCAGACAGAGACGGUGGUGGACUCUGGGAUCGAGGAGCUGGACAGCCACAACAGCGGCGACCAGCACCUGGAAAUACUGGGAGUGAGUGAACUGACAGGUGAGAGAGGAGGAGGAGGAGGAGGAGUAGAAGGGGACGGAUGGGGUGGCGAGCACCCAGAUCCUUAUAUGACCUACUCAGGUGGGCAAGAGUUUGAAGCACACCCCACCAAACACAUGACCAAACCAACCGUGUAUCCAAAGACGAUGCAGUACAAAGAGGGCGGUAUCAAGGACACAAGGGAAGCAUUGCGUCGACAGGUGAGCACCAACCCGCCCUACCAGAACACCCCACCACACCCCCAGAGACAGGCUAACCCAGAGGAGGAGGCCAGGAGAGGAGAGGGAGGAGCAGCGGACGAGAGGAAACAACGUAGACAGAGUCGACCCAAGAUGGAGGACGGCUUCGGUUCCACCCUGGCUGCCUGUCUGGAGCGGCCCAACACCUUGGAGCCAAGGGGUUCAACCGAGGGGGUCGACCCGGGACAGGGCCUGGAGCGAGGUGAGGCCCAGAGGGACGGGAUGUCUAUUGAGGGGCGCAGGCUGCACUCGCCACUCUCGGGGAUGAAGGCCAGCAUCAUCAACGAGCUGAGCUCCAAGCUUCAGCAGAUGAGCAAUAAGAGCACAGACGACUGGGGUCAGUCUGAGAUGCGAGGUCAGAGUCCCAUUAGUCUGAGUUCACCCACAAUGCACAGAUAUUCUGGGGAUUUCUCCGCCUCGUUUCAGAGCCCCCCCACAGCCCGCUCCACUUCCCCCUUACCCACCUCCUCCCCGCAGCAUCGCCCACCAAUCCUCACCCCCAAUCUCACCGCCACCCCCUCCGGCUCGCCCUCCCACCAGCCCACGCUGCAGCCCAAAUGGACCCGCUCCCCCUCUCCCCAGAUACCCACCUCCCCCUCUCACUUCUCUCACCCUCCUCUCUCCCCCACCUACUCACCCUAUCCCACGUCACCCAAACACCGCACUAAGUAUCGUGGAGCCAAGAUUUUUGACUUCCAGUGUACCCCUGGUCCAGAGCUGAGGUCGUCUGUGUCACGCCGGCGCGCCCCCAGCCCCCUCAUAUACUCCACAGACCGCCCCAGCCCCGCCCCUCCCAGACCCUCCUCCCUCCCCAUCCUCCCCAGCACCCAUGUCUACAACACCCCCUUUGAUUUCCCCUCACCCCUCACCCCUUCAUCCCCAAGCCACACCCUAGGAGACUCUUACAACCCCUCCACACCGCCUCUCUUCCCCACAUCCCCACAACCUCCCAGUGCCCUCCUGGUCUCCCGCUCCCUUUCACCCACCCAGUUCCUCUCCGGCGCCUCCUCGCCCUCCAUGCACAUGCCCCCCUCUCCGUCCUGCCUCAGCUAUCCCCACCACACCCCUCCUCCCCCAGCCAAACCCUUUACCAUCAAGCCCCUGUCCUACUGGACGAGGUGGGACGUGGCCGACUGGCUGGCCUACCUAAACCUGGGGGAGCACCGGGAGCGCUUUCUGGACAACGAGAUUGACGGCUCCCACCUGCCCUCCCUCACCAAGGACGACUUCCUGGACCUGGGGGUGACGCGUGUCGGCCACCGCAUGAACAUCGAAAGAGCGCUGAAGACACUGACUGACAGGCUCUUCUCUCCCAUGCAUGAGCCUAGCCCCUCCCCUGUGCCACAGACUGAGAGAGUGAAAGAUGAGGUGACUCAGAGCUCAGAGAAAGACAGAGAAACAAACUGACUGAGAUGAAAGCUAAUGAAGACCAUUGGACACAAACAGACUGAGUUGGACCUCAGACAGGAAGCGAACGUAAUGGACAAGGCUUAAACACGCCAAGAGAGAUUUGGUAUGAGUGGAAUACAAUUGUUUGGAAUCUUUCUUGAGAUGAACAUUGAUUACACGUGUUGGUCAAAAGAGGGUAGAAACACUUACGACACACACUCAUGUCUAAAACUAUACUAUUUACACACACUGUACAACUACUGAUGAAUAGGCUUUUAAUUCACACAUGGACACACACACAUUUGACUGGUGAUUCUCACACUCCAUUUGCUGCCUGAGUUACAGUAAAAGGAGAAAUGCUAACAAGAACCUUGAGAUUGGAGUGCUGCUACCCAUACAGAGAGGGUAAGCCCAUGGAUAUACUAAAGGUGGUGGUGAAGUUCCUCUAAUAAACAGUGAGGGCCAUAUUCAAACUUGUCCUGAGGUUCAUGUGCACACAUUGACUUUACGCGUAUUGCAUCAUGGGAUUGGAAGCUAUUGUUGGAAUGUAUAAACGUCAGAAUAUGGUCAUAAUAUGGAAAGAUACAUUCAUUGGUUUUGUACCAAGUGCUGAUUGCAAUCAUUCAUUUCAAAUAGGUCAGGGUGUUAUUCAUAUUUAAUCGUUCAAACGUGUGUUUAAUGACAAAUAUUCUAAAAGAUACAAGACAUAUAGUCAUAAAAUGACAUAAUUAUUAUCAUGGUUAUUAUCUUUACAAAGGCUGGCUGGAGUAUGUCAGAGAGGGGCAAAGGGGAGUAAAAUCUGGGUUUGUUUUUCCCUGAGACACGGCUAUAAGGUGUCCACAGCCAUGUUUGAGAGUUCGCUAUGAACUCAAGUCAUUUUACAUUACACAGCUUUUUACCGGUCAUUCAUGAUGUUGACGUUGAUGUUUACGAGCAGAGCACAUGUCCAGGGGAUGUGAGUGUCUUUUGUCCCGUACUCACACACACACAGGUGCAACAAUCAAAAAGGGCUUAUACCGUGCGUCUGUCAGUCUUUAUGGUGUCUGGCUACCUUGGCCUUUUCCCUCUGAGUGUUUGUACGCGUACGAAGAUCUGUUCGUCAGCCUGCCUUGUUACCCAUGAUCCUUUACCCACCCUCUGCCCCUCUCUCUUAUGCCUUCUCCGCAACUCAACGGGCCCGUUUUCCAAACAUUUGAAAACGUAGAGAUGUAUAUUUUGCACCGGUUGACAAUCCUAACUUUGCCCUAUUUCAUAAACUUCUCUUCGAAAUCUGGAAACUUUCUCAGAUCCACAUAUUUCAGAAAAAGACACACACACACACAAACACACACGCGCACUCGCACGCACGCACACACACACACACACACACACACACACACACACACACACACACACACACACACACACACACACACACACACACACACACACACACACACACACACACAUACACAGGCUCUUUUAGAUACCUAUUUGCUAUUGCCUUCGGUGAAAUGCAUUGUAAGGUGAGGAAUACACAAAAACUUUUUACACAUAAUUUAUAGGUCUAUAUCAGUGAUGGGCAACUUUGAUGGGGGUGGGGGCCACAAAAUCUGAACUCAUCAUGAGGGGCUGCAGUGGCUUACGGGUCUGCGUACCCACAUCCAUACCUACACAUGUAGUCAGAGCUAGCCCUAGCCUUUUUGGGACCUAAGUGACAAGUUUGCUGCAAUUCUACACAUUCGGCCAUGAUGGGGUGGAGAGAAAAUGUAGCAAUUGUAUAACACAUUUCAUGCAAUUCUACUCAUUUUGCCAUAGGGUGGAAAGAAAUGUUGCAGUUUUUAAUAUAAUAUCUGUGUGAGAGUAACUAAGAAAAUCAAUAGAAAAUCAGUAAUUCAAACAUUAUUACCACAAGUUUAGAUAUCUGGCUGGACUAACUUUCCAAUCUAAAAAAAUUUAGCUGACAAAGGGCUAAUUGAGUGACUGUCAGUGACUGACCUACCAAAAGCAGAACCCAAACUCAGUCCCCCCCAAUUAUUUUAAUUUUAAUUUUAGAUAUAUACAGUGCCAGUCAAAAGUUUGGACACACUUACUCAUUCAUGGGUUUUUCUUCUUUUUUGAAAAACUAUUUUCUACAUUGUAGAAUAAUAGUGAAGACAUCAAAACCAAUGGUGUAUCGCUGCAGAAUGCUGUGGUAGCUAUGCUGGUUAAGUGUGCCUUGAAUUCUAAAUAAAUCAUUGACAGUGUCACCAGCAAAGCACCCCCACACCAUCACACCUCCUCCUCCAUGCUUCACGGUGGGAACCCCACAUGUGGAGAUCAUCCGUUCACCUACUCUGCGUCUCACAAAGACAUGCCGGUUGGAAACAAAAAUCUCAAAUUUGGACUAAGCACAGAUUUCCAAAGGUCUAAUGUCCAUUGCUCGUUUCUUGGCCCAGGCAAGUCUCUUCCUCUUAUUGGUUUCCUUUAGUAGUGGUUUCUUUGCAGCAAUUCAACCAUGAAGGCCUGAUUCACACAGUCUCCGCUGAACAGUUGAUGUUGAGAUGUGUCGGUUACUUGAACUAUGUGAAGCAUUUAUUUGGGCUGCAAUUUCUGAGGCUGGUAACUCUAAUGAAUUUACCUUCUGCAGCAGAGGUAACUCUGGGUCUUCCUUUCCUGUGGCGGUCCACAUGAGAGCCAGUUGCAUUAUAGGGCUUGGUGGUUUUUGCGACUGCACUUGAAGAAAUGUUCAAAGUUCUUGGAUUGUUCCGGAUUGACUGACCUUCAUGUCUUAAAGUAAUGAUGUACUAUCGUUUCUCUUUGCUUAUUUGAGCUGUUCUUGCCAUUAUAUGGACUUGGUCUUUUACCAUAUAGGCCUGUCUUCUGUAUACCAUCCCUACCUUGUCACAACACAACUGAUUGGCUCAAACACAUUAAGAAGGAAAGAAAUUCCACAAAUGAACUUGUAACAAGGCACACCUGUUAAUUGAAAUGCAUUCCAGGUGACUACCUCCUGAAGCUGGUUGAGAGAAUUCUGAGAGUGUGCAAAGCUGUCAUCAAGGCAAAGGAUGGCUACUUUGAAGAAUCUCAAAUAUAAUUUGAUUUGAUUAACACUUUUCUGGAUACUACAUGAUUCCGUAUGUGUUAUUUCAUAGUUUUGAUGUCUUCACUAUUAUUCUACAAUGUAGAAAAACCCUUGAAUGAGUAGGUGUGUCUAAACGUUUGACUGGUGUGUGUAUGUAUGUAUAUAUAUAUACAUACAUAUAUCAUUAUUUAUAUAUAUUUUUUGUAUUGAUCCGCGGCCCUGUAAAAGGUGGCGGCCCGCAGAUUGCCCAUCCCUGGCCUAUAUAAUAUAUUGAUUAUGAUAAUGACAAUAAUAACAUAAAUUAUAGUAUAAUUUAACAAUAAUUAUUAUAUCAAUGGUUAGGUAUAUGUAAACAUUUUAAACACUAAAGAAUCUCUGUCUUCCAGAUAGUGUGAGAAACGUUUUGAAGCUACUUGUUUUCUUUCGUUCUCUUUAUUUAUUAUUUCCGGUACAUGCUUUCUAUACUGCUCUACUAGUCCGACCACUACCUGCUCUAUUAUUCCUGUGAGACUAAUGCACAACAACACGCAUUCUUUAAGGUUGUUGCCAUUCAAGAACCUUCUGAUGGAAAUGAUUGAGUGGUAGUGUAGAAAGCAUUAUGUUCUAUGAUUUAAAGAGUAUUUUAGGACUAGUAAUAUAAACAUAUGAUUAUGAUGAAUAUAUACAGUAUGAGCAAAUGUAUGCAGAAAUAAGAUGUAUUUAUGAAGUUUUGUUUAAAAUGAAAUACGGAAAUAUACUGAUAAAAUAUGAUAAGAGUUAUAAUUAAGGUGUUGAAAUAAAUGCUGAAUAAACUA